CACCAAUCGGCGCAGGAGGCAUCCGCCAUCAAAUUGCAAGAGGUCUCCGCGGUGUACCGAGGUGCUCAAUGUCUCAAAUCUAGGCUCUCUUCACAGCGGCGGUGUCGCCGCCCUGCCGGACCCAAGUAGGAACGGCGGCAGUGAAAGCAGGGAGCAGGGAGCUCAAGGCUGGAUCGAGGGCGGCUCGUUCGCGGUUUUUUUCCUUCCCACGUUGCAAAGGUGGAUUGCAGAUACAAGGCUGCCAAACGACGCCGCCAUCUCCAAUGGACAUCUCGACGUUCACGGUAGUGGCGGCACUCAUCGCCGUAACGGCGGUGACCGCGGUCCUGUGGGUGCUGAAUCGUCGCCAUCAGCAGGGUCUGUUCAAGAGGCACGGCAUCCCUGGGCCCAGGCCCGAUCUUUUGAACGGCAACUGGGCGCAGCUCAAGGAAGACAGAAUUGAGGUGAUGGAGCGCUGGAUCAAGGAGUACGGCAAGGUGUUCGGCUACUACAUAGGCGAGGUUCCCUACAUGGUUGUCAGUGACGCUGAAAUGAUCAAGCAGUGCUUCGUCAAGGAAGCCUACACCUUCCACGACAGACCUCGGUUCCUCAUAAGCGUUGAACCCUUCGCGAGCUGCAUUAUUAUGCUCCAGGGUGAAGAGUGGAAAAAGGUGCGCACGGUGCUCAAUCCCAGCUUCAGUGCUUCCAAGAUGAAGCUGAUGACGCAGAUCAUGGGCUCCUGUGCUGACGCCAUGGUAGAGGUGGUGGAAGACCGCGCUGAGAAAGGAGAGGCAGUGGAGAUGUUCAGGGUUUCGCAAGGCCUUUCCCUUGAAGUCAUCGCCAAGUGCGCACUUGCCUGGCAGGUGGACUGUCAGAAGAAUCCCAAAGACCCACUCUUGCUUGGUGUACGAAAGAUCUUCGAAGACGCAGAAAAUGCCGCCGUUCGAAACGCCAUUCGAUUUCCUAUUCUUCGCAAAGUGAUUAGCAACUUGUUCUCCUUUACAAGCUACCACAAGACGAUGGAGCAAGUGUCCAACAACGUCCGUCACGUCAUUGAACUUCGCCGAAAUGGACAAAGUCCCAGGACAACGGACAUGCUGCAGUUGAUGCUCGACGCCCAGGCCGGCAUUGAGGAUAACAUAAAAAACACGGGCGAACGAAAGAAACUCAUGGAAGACCGCCAUCUUGUCGCCAACCUCUUCAUUUUUCUGGCCGCAGGCUUCGAAACUACGGCCACGUCGCUCGCCUUCAUCAUCCACGUGCUGGCCAAGUACCCUGAAGAACAAGACCGGAUUUUGGACGAACUCAACAAGACAUUCCCGGAAAAAGACCAGGAACUGACAUACGACGGCGUCCAACAGCUCAAGCGUCUCGACAUGGUUAUCUGCGAAAGUAUGCGGCUCUACCCACCCGUCAUCCUCUUCAUCAGCAGAACUUGCCAAGAGGACACGACUAUCAUGGGACAGUUCUUCCCUGCUGGAGUCAAUAUCAUAGUCCCUACAUGGUACAUCCACCAUGACCCUGACCUCUGGCCAGAGCCUUUCAAGUUUGAUCCAGAGCGAUUCGCCGAAGGACUGAAUGGCAGUCAUUCUGCAGCGUACUUGCCCUUUGGGUUAGGGCCCCGGGUGUGCAUCGGAAAGAGGUUUGCUUUGCUCGAAAUUAAGAUGGCACUGUGCAAAUUGAUUCGCAAGUACAGGAUCAGGCAAUGCGAGGAAACUCAGGACCCGUUGAAAAUGGUCGUUCCCUCUGUGAUAAUUAAUCCGGAAAAAGGAAUCCACGUUAAAUUCGAACACAGGUAGCUUCCGUAGACGAUAGCCUUCAUAGACCAAAGUUAGAGCGUUCUUGCUGACACAGCGUUUAUCUAGGACUCUAGGUUCCAUAUUUACUAUGUUCGCCUUCAUGGGAAUCAUUUUUAUUGUUGCGAUUGUAUAAAAGCUGCGCGCGAAUAAACGUGUCUAGAUUAUUCC